UGGUCGUUGUUCCGACAUGUCGUCGCUCGAGCAGAGACUCUCCCGCAUCGAGGAGAAGUUGAAGCAGGAGAACAAGGAGGCGCGCCGGAGGAUCGAUCUCAGCAUCGACAUGAGUCCUCAGCGAUCCCGGCCGAGACCGAUUAUCGUCAUCCAGCUAAGCCCUGCUCCAGCCCCAUCCCAGCGCGCAGCUUUACAGCUCCCGCUGGCUAACGAUGGAGGCAGCAGGUCAUCCUCUUCGGAGAACUCGCCGCAACACCAUCCGCCAUCCGGUCGGCCGCGGCAGAUGUUGACGCUGCCCACUCCUCCAUAUGGCCUGCAGAAGAGCCUUGAGAAUGCGGAGAUUGACCAAAAACUCCAAGAGAUAAUGAAACAGACGGGCUACCUGAAAAUGGAUGGGCAGCGUUACCCAGCAGAAGUGAGUGACCUGCUGAAUGAAGGAGAAAUUGGCAGUGGGACGUGUGGACAGGUGUUUAAAGUCCGCUUCAAGAAAACUGGACAUGUAAUAGCCGUGAAGCAAAUGCGUCGUACCGGAAACAAGGAUGAGAAUAAGCGCAUCCUAAUGGAUCUGGAUGUAGUCUUGAAAAGCCAUGAUUGUCCCUAUAUCAUACAGUGUUAUGGAGCGAUUGUCACAAAUACGGAUGUAUUCAUAGCUAUGGAGUUGAUGGGGACGUGUGCCGAGAAGCUAAAGAAACGAAUCCAAGCCCCUAUUCCAGAGCGGAUUUUGGGGAAGAUGACAGUGGCGAUUGUAAAAGCCUUGUUGUACCUGAAAGAGAAGCAUGGUGUAAUCCACAGAGACGUUAAACCUUCCAAUAUCUUAAUUGAUGCCAAGGGCCAGAUUAAGCUUUGUGACUUUGGCAUCAGCGGGCGGCUUGUAGACUCCAAAGCCAAGACAAGAAGUGCUGGCUGUGCGGCCUACAUGGCGCCUGAAAGAAUAGACCCACCAGAUCCAACAAAACCAGAUUAUGACAUCCGCGCAGAUGUUUGGAGUCUAGGCAUAUCAUUGGUGGAACUGGCCACAGGACAAUUCCCCUACAAAAACUGCAAAACAGACUUUGAAGUGUUGACCAAAGUUCUCCAAGAAGACCCUCCCCUCCUCCCUACUAGCAUGGGCUUCUCACUUGACUUCCAGUCCUUCGUCAAAGACUGCCUGACAAAGGAUCACAGAAAGAGACCAAAAUAUCUCAAAUUACUUGAGCACAACUUCAUCAGGCGCUAUGAAGUUCUGGAAGUGGAUGUGGCUGGCUGGUUUCAGGACAUCAUGGAGAAGACAGAAUCACCACGCACCAGUCAGUGUUACAACCAGCACCAGCUGCUGUCAUUAUUCAGCAGGUAGCCUGGGGGCGCCAAAGAGCACCACCAGCCAGAACCGGGGCUGCUCAACACUCACACAGAGACAGAUUGGAGGCAAAUCAGUACAACAUUUAAAAACCGUUCUCAAUAAUUCAGUAUUUUCAUUUUCUUUCUUUUUUUUUUAGUUUAAUUAUUCACAAUAAGCUCCGAAUUGUGUUUCCCCCAGGUUUAUUUCAAAAGAACUGCUUGGAUUUUAUUAUGUUUACUUUUUUUUUAAUCAAAUGUGUCAAGUUAAGCUUUAUGGGUCUAAAAUAUUAAUAGGAUUUGGGGAGAUUUGGACCUUUUUUUUUCUGGGGGGGGGCGGCAGAUUUUUUUCUUGAUGGAUUUUUUUUUUUGUUGGGUCAAUAGUAUUUUUUUUUUAUUAUUAUUAUUUUUUGCUGUAAGUGUUUAUUGUAAACCGGGUUAUGCACUGUGAAUAGGGUGAGCGAGAGGGGAGUACAGGAGAGUUUUUAAUAUUUGCUUGGGUAAUUUUACCAAAUUUUAAUUUAUUUGACAGGUCAGCGCUAUCAAUUUGCUUCUCUGUUAGGAGAUAGGAAAGGGCCGUGUGCCGCGGAUGAACGCCAAUGGCCUUUCUGUCUGGAGUGUUUAGGAAUGUCUCUGGGUGUAAAGAGUAUAUGGGAUGCCAAGAAUGUUUGACAGGAUGUCCAAAUUCAGAGCCAUUGGAUUUGAGGGAUUUAGGGUUCUCUGGAGGCAGUCUGGAAACGUGAGAAAUGGCACAUGCAGAGGGGAUGCACACACCCUUGUCCUGCAAGUUAGACAUGGAGAGGUUAGGUUUUUUUUUUUUUCUUUUUUUUUUUUGUCUGAAAUGAGUGUACUGUAGUAUAUAAAGAGUUAUUUAUUAUUUUUAUUUUGUUUUUUCUCUUUGUGUCGCAACACACCACUAUCCCAAAGGAUUUGCCAGGGGCCUGAAAGAGCCACAUGCAUCUAUAAAGCCUCAGUGGUGGUGUGCAAGUCCUCAGCACUACACUCAUCAUGUGCGUAAGUUUUAAAACAGUCAGUAAAGGCAGAGCUUCUAGUCUGCGUAGAAAAAUAGUUGCAGAAUAUACAGGUAAUCUUCCUGCCACUUCUUCACUGGCCAGUGCCCUUCAUCCCUUUAUUCUGAAACCAAUCCUUGUUUCAUAUCCAUCUAGCUUGUACGUUUGCCCUGCUUUGCUUCCUCCACUGACAUGUAAAGUUUGGGAGGGAAGAGCCCAUUACUGUGGCUAUGCAUAAUGCAGCAUAGAUUUAGUGCAAUUGCAUCCCCGUCUCUGUGUUUUUGUUUGUUUUUUUUUAUUAUUUUAUUUUUCGGUAAAGCUGGGCUUGAUCCGCUGUGGCCUUUGCUCUUUUUUGUUUUUUGUUUUUUUUUGCAAUUUCCCUGUGGUUUAGACCUCAGGACUUGUUAGUGGUUGAGAGUGUUCAGGGAUUGGCCUGGCAGAGCGCGGGAGGGAGGGUCAACGGGUGACUUCAGGUAGACCGAUAUAUUCACACACUGGUAACCACAACUUGCUACAGUACCUGCGUUGUUCAUGCCCGCACCAUAUUCAGUUUUACUUAGCCACAUACAUGAGUACCUUUUAAAGAUGCGAGGCCCAGAAAAACUGCAGAAUCUUCCACAUUACGCUGUCUAACUAACUGAGGCUUGGGUCUUAAUAAUAAAAUGUAGUUCAAAGACAUUUUGGUACUUGUGUACUAAACGGAUGGAUGGCAUGACAAAGGAAAACAAGUGUUUUGAUGAAUUCUUAAUAUGUUUAUUGGGAUAAAAAAAAUUGAAAUUUACAGAAAUUGGAAUAUUAUAGAAAUACAUAUAUACAAUUGUUUUGACAAAUUCAUAACAUAUUUAUUGGGAUAAAAAAAACAUAUCUAGACAUUUUUCCCCUACCCAUUCUAGUGUUGGGCUCCGUGGGGGAGGUUUCACUGCCAUCCAUUUAGUACACAAGUACCGACAAUUUUUAAUGUAUUUUCACAAAACAGAAAAAAAUAUUGAAAGACACCAAUAAUGAAAUUCUCACAGGUUUUCAUAUCUUCUGUAUUUUGAGGAAAGCAGGGGACAGUUACAGAGUGUUUGCCUAAUUUAGUCUUCAGAUUCCUGCUGUUACCAUUCUUAGUCUCCUGUAUCACAAAAGAAACCUUCAGGACCGUUGAGCUAUCAUCCCCUGUCUGGUGCACAUGAAGCUGUUUAAGUGGAACUAAAAAUAAAUGUUAACAUUUUGUUGAUUUUUUUUAUUUUAAUUGUUUCAACCUUCGUAACACAGAUAAUGCACUAUACUAGUAAAUCAUUUUUAUCUUAGGUGAGCUUAAUGAACUUGACACUUCUGGCUUAACUUUAGUGAACACCUGGGUCAGGGGUCCUCAAUCACAGUC